AUUUCUUCGUUCUAUUCGUUGCCCUUCUCCUUCACCGCUUCCUGAUAUUGUGACCUCAGAUUACGUGCACACCACCAGUACGGCCGGCAUCGAGUCUAGCAUGAUUGAUCGCCAUCAAGAUAUCAUUUGAUUGGUAAUCCUUUCGACAUGCCUGUAUCAACGUCAACAAUGAAGGAACAGGAUUCGCAACCGGCUAGGAGUCGAAUUACCGAUGGCAGAGCCGGACUCAAGCAAAUGCGAAAGGGAACCAAAUCGUGUCUGGAAUGUCGCCGCCGCAAGAUCAAGUGUAACUAUCCACCGCAGUCGGCAGAUGGAUCUUCUUCAUCAACAAAUUCUGGCACGGGCACAACGUCUCUAGCCCUUGAUGCGAGACCUAAAUGUGUCGAGUGUAACACUCAUGACAGACAAUGCAAAAUUCAAGGCAUCGUAGCACUGGAUCCCGAGCCACCCACCAGUCUGGAUUCGACUUCCAAGGAGAAACAGGGGCGCCUCAUCUCUGCGCGAAUCUACAAGCGUCGAAGAGAGGUCAUGGAUCCCGAGUCUGAAGAAGGACAACCUCAUUCUGCAAGUCGCCACGGUUCUCGCAUGAAUAUCCAUGUCAACAGAAUGAACUCUAUGGUCGAGAGGCUCGCCCGAGAACGAGAUGGGCCCUGGCAACCAAGUUCGACCCUGGGUUUGUUCACAGACGUUGCAGAUUCCGCUUCGAGUCAUAUGAACGCCUCUCUUCACACGAAACAAGGCCAUGCUCCUGUGUCGGGUUCUUCGUUAUCGGAAACUCCCGGCCCACGAUCAUCCAUGGCUGGUUCGGAGCCAUGCGGCAAGCCGUCGUCAAUGAUUCCAGGGGAAGAUCAUGCUAGGAAAACGAGUCCUUUGCUGACUCAACUUUUCAACAAUGAGAUGCUCACUCAAAGAUCCGUAUCUCCUGCCAUCCUUACGGAGAAAGUCCAGGUCUUGACCUUUUCUGAUUCGAGCUCCAACGUCGACGCUGCCACAGAUGUAGAGAAAUUGCACUCCACCAUCGACUCAGAACCAUAUCUCCUAAAAGCACUUGACCUCGCGACGCAUUGGUGGGUCGCCUGGCGCGAUCAAACUUAUGCCCUGCACGAGGUAUUCUUGAAAACUCGGACCCCUCCAGCGUCAGCGGAUUCGUCUUCAGAGAUCGGCACAAAUUCCAGUAGCGGAAGCCCUGGCGGCAACGAAACUUGGCCGCAUCAAGAGAUCAAGCCUGUCUCCCUGCGCGAUUUUGUCCGUACCAAAUUGUCGGAAGACGAUGCUGUGUCGGUUGCUACAGGCUUGCUCUGCAUUGCAAUGUCACUGCGAGACUUGCGCCCAAAUGUCGACGACAUCGAGCUAAAUAUUUCCACAACUCCUGCCGAACUGGCGGACCGCAUCAUACUUGCUGUUGACACGGUCCUCUUGUCUCCGUCAUCGAAUCCUGCAUACAUGAAGAAUCCGGGCAUGUUGCUGCUGUAUAUGAUGCGGGCCAAAAUAUAUGCAGAGGGAAAUCAGCUGCGAAAGUCCUGGUUAUCAGUUCGCAAAGCAAUCGAAGUGGCAAGAGAAAGUGGAUUUGCCGACGCCUUGCCGUUCCAAGAAGAUGGAGUAAUACCUGUCAUGAACGAAGUCGAAGUCUCGAAUAUUCUACACCGCCAGCGAUGGAUUGGCUCACUCCUUGAGCUGGACCGGCUGAUGAGCAUGGUCCUUGGCUUCCCACAUGCCCAAGAUGACAAAUUCUCGGAUCGUUUGGCGUUAAAUGUACUCCGGGGCCAAGGGCUUGCGUCGACGAAUGGAGACCAAGCCGUAUCUCUCGAGCUCAGAAUGCGUGCUUUCAGGCGUGUCGUCGCUGUCAUCGCGGGUCGCGUAAAUGACCGUAACGCAAGCGCCGAACCUGAGGAUGUCAUGCUCCACACGACCAUGUGCAUUCAAGCAUCGUUGGAUGAGGUAGCUGCCGCAAUGCCAACAAGUUGGUGGAACGUCACCUCGCACUUGGCUAACCCAGAUCCGUACGUGACAUACCAGCAUCUCAUGGCGCAAAUGUGGUUCUGGCAGGUACAAUCCUUCCUACAUUUGCCAUAUAUGAUGAAACCCAGCCCUCAUGGCCGACCUCGAUCUUUUGGCGAUGAUGAAGAAGCAAUUUCCGACACUGCAAUCGAUCCAUACGAGACAAACAGAUAUCUUUGCCUGCAAGGCUGCCGAGGAAUGCUUCGAAUCUUUCAUCUGCUUCGCUUUGACCCUUCAUUGGCUGUGUACAUCUGUCCCUGUGAGGAUUUUCAGGGAGUUUUCAGCGCUUGCAUACUCAUGGUCGGAUUACUCGUUCGCUUGUCGUUCUGUCCGCACGCCCAUGCCCCACCACCAGUUGCCGCCGACAAGCUUGCGGAAGACCUUGACCUCAUCGAGCAGGUCAAGGACAUCUUCCGCUACAGGGCAACGCACCUGGGCGGCGGUAUCAGUAAACAGGGAGUGAAAGUCCUGGACGAGUUAGGCGGGUUUCUGGAAGAUUAUAGUGCUGGCGUCGAGCCCAAGAAGAGAACUGUGGUCCUGCCGUAUUUUGGCGCGAUUUAUCUCGAGUUGAGGCCGCCGCAGUAUCUACGGGAACGAGCUCACGAGUUCGGCUUGGAGGUGCUGAAGCCCGACUUUCCUGUCAAUGGCGACUUUAACUUCCAAUCCUCUGACCUCCAAGAAACCACGGUGGUGUCGGAGUCGCAGAGUUUCGACGAUACGAGUUUCCAGUUUUCAUUACCAGACGCAAAUGUGGAUUGGGAUCAGUUUUUGUUCGGAGAAGAAUUGGAUCGAAAUUGGGACCUUGUUCUCCCCGAGUGGCCUCAAGACAAUGAUAAUUUCGAUGUAGGCUGAGCAUGCGGAUCAUUGGGAUACGAUGAUAUAACAAUCCAGGCAUAUGCAUAUUCCGCGAAUGCCAAGAAACCACUCCACGCUCUAUGGUACAGAACAGACUCUCGGGGAGAGGUAUACCAAUUUCUCUUGCCUGCAGGAUGACGACGUCGGCCAAAAUCUCAAUUUAUCCGGCCUUUGAAUCCACUCGACUGUCUCAACCACUUUUCGAAAUCUUGCAUCUGGGGAUAUUUGUUCCUGAAUUCUUUGGGAUCAGCUCCAAAGCCAACUUCUCGGAACCAAUUGAACAUGACACCCAACUGCUCGUGCAAGAGGAACUUGAUCAAGCGGCCGACAAGUGGAUAGGUUGUGGGCAUGUCGGUUCUGACCACUUGCUUGAAGAUUUCGUUUGCUUCCUGGAACGUCAGUUCGUCGGUCGCGAGAGAUAAAGAGCGCCCGGUGUAGAUUUCCGGGUUCUUGAAAAUGUCUGCUGCGAGAAUCCCGAUGUCUGUGGAAGAGACUAGCUGCAGCUUGCUGUUCGGCUCGUUGAGUUUCCACAUACUUGCGAACGCCCUACCAAGGAAAUCAGGGGUCAGGUUCUCCAUGAAUGCGACAGGUCGUAUGAUUGUCCAUUUCAUUUUGUCACCCGAUUCCUUGCAUACUGCUUUGAGAUGGUUUUCAAUGUUGAAUUUCGAGGCAAAGUGCUUGAUUGCUGUCGGGUCGCGGUCUGACCGUUCGAUGCCGCCCCGGUCAGCAGAAGUAUAUACGAAAUGGCGAACACCAUGGAAGGCUGCUGCAUCGGCAAGGGCUUUUCCCUGUUCCUCUUCGACUUGGGGUCGAAGGGGCACCUGGACGCUGAAGACUCCGUGGAAGGGUUCUGGGGAAGAUUUGAAUAUCGCGUCGCAAUCGUUCAGGUCGCCCUGUAGAAUGCUAACGUUGGGCUUCUUCGCCAGAGCUUGAGCGCUCACGCUGUUCUUGUUGCGAGUCAAUGCGACAAGGUGGAACGGUGGACUUGGGGGAGAGUUGAGCAAGGCUGAGAGGAGGGCCCCUCCUUGCUUGCCGGUCGCCCCUGUGAUGAGGACACGUUUGAGAGGCAUUACUUCAAUGAUGGGAGGUUCUGAGACAAGGAAGAAAGACGUGGAGAUGCGUAUGGGUCGACUAAGGAGAUCAAAGUAAAUGAUUGUCUACUUAUCUACCGCUCAUCUGAUGUAGACCUGCC